AUGGACAUCAGUCGUGUGGCUGUAGAUCCAACCGACCGGCGAUGGAGCAGCUGUCAGCGUUCCUCCGCGCGGCACCAGGUUCCGUUGCACCUCCUCCAUUGUGCUCUCCCUACCUCGCGGUCCCUACCAGAAGCCUUGCCAGCUGUAGUCUCCCAGAUCCUCCGCUCUACGCGUCUCUUCUUCCCGUGCGAUGUCACCGGCUUCACGAUCUCCACCACGAUGGGCGUCACAAGCCCAAGGGAGCGCAUCGAGACCAUGGCGAUAAUGCUUCCCUUCCUACCGUCGUUGCCGUGUUCCGCCAAUUGCGGCAGGAAGCCAUGGCGCAGGCAGAAAAGUCGCCUGUCGAGUAGGCGGCUUCAGCUGCAACACCGGAUAAGUGACCCCUCCGUCAUAAGAUGA